AUGGAAAACUCAUUGGAAAACGUCGACACCGUCGUCGAGGAGGUGAUGGAAGAGAUCAUAGCGGUAGUGGUUUCGGACUUGAGCCAAAUCGAGUCGACCGUCCACUCGGUUCUCCGGGACAUCAUGGCAAUGGAAUUUGGACACCAUAAUACACAACUGGAAACUGUCACCGUUAAAGUGGAAUGCCGAGACAGACGGAUGGUCGCCAUCGUAGAUCAGUUGGUCGACGCAAUGGUGCACCUUGUGUCGGAAACGUUGGUCGCCGCGCCGCACGUACAGCCCGGAGACGGAAACGUUGUACUGCGGUGCGAGGAGGAAGAGGAGGAGAAGGAGGAGGAGGAGGAGGAGGAGGAGAAGAUGGCCACCAGUGGAGACUUCGAGGUCGUCUUAGACGAAGAAGCUCCGACCGAGGAUGGGGCGAAGAUCGACGAACCGGCCACACAAGCUGCAGUGUCUUCACGCGGGCGGGUAAGGCGAUUGGCGGCCGCCGCGUGGAGAGGAGUGAAACGGGCCGGACGUGCAGUAAUUUGCCUGGGUUUCUGA